AUGACUUUUGUCACGGAAAAUGAGCCAAAAAAGAAAGAACGACGGUUUUACAAAGCCCGAGAUACCCCGAAUUUCGCUCUCUGUAUUCUAUUCGGAUUUCAACAAGUGAUGGUUUGUGUCUCUGCUUUGCUCACAAUUCCCUUCUUAUUGGCCUCAUUUUUAUGCGCUGGAGAGGAUGAGUACAAAUUACGAGCCGAACUUAUCGCGAGCACUUUCGUCAGCAGUGGAAUCUCGACAAUCAUUCAGACAAUGUUCGGAUUUCGAUUAGCCCUUCUCCAGGGCACAGCUUUUGCCUACAUUCCCUCAAUCGAAUCCUAUAUGAAACUCCGAGAGAACAAGUGCAAUUUUGGGGCGAAUUCAACCGUGGAUUCAUCUUUAUAUUAUGGACAUUUAUCAACAAUCCAAGGUGCUCUGAUCCUUUCAUCAUUAGUCCCGAUUUUCAUUGGAAUGACGGGCAUCGUUGGGAAAUUGACAAAACUGAUUGGCCCAAUCACCGUCUCACCGUUGAUUCUCUUAUUGGUGAUUUCAAGUGUGAACAUGACUGUGACGAGAAUCGCUCAACACUGGGUUUCAAUCAUACAAGUAGCCACUUUGGUUGCAACAACACUCUAUUUGGCGGAAACUCGAGUGCCAAUCCCUGGAUGGAAAAACGGGAAAUUUCAUUGGUUUCAUGUCACGCUUUUCGGACAAUAUCCGUACCUAAUCGCUAUCAUGAUCUCCUGGCUUUUCUGUGUUUUCUUGACGAUCACUAAUUUGAUCCCAGAAGGCUCGGCUGCUCGUGUGGACAAGCCGACAAGUAUCGAAGUGAUUCAAAAUUCUGCCUGGGUCGCUGUACCGUAUCCAGGUAAAUUCGGCUUCCCUCAAUUCAAUCUUGGGCUUUUUUGUGCUUUUCUACUCUCGGCGAUGACCUCGGUCUUUGAAUCGGUGGGCGACUACCAUGCAGCGGCUCGAGUGAGUCAAGAGAGAUCACCUCCAUCACAUGCCAUCAAUCGCGGGAUCAUGUCUGAAGGACUUGGCUCGUUCAUCUCCGGCUGGCUGGGUCCUGGAGUUGGAAUGACGACGCACACAGAGAACAUUGGUGUCAUCGGAGUGACGAAGGUGGCUAGUCGAUGGACAAUGUGCGUGGCGGGUUUGAUGUUGAUCUGUCUAGGGCUUUUCACAAAAGUCGGCGCGAUUCUCUCAACUCUGCCCGAGCCGAUUGUCGGCGGAGUGUUGGGCACAUCGAUGGCAAUGGUCGGCGGAGUUGCUAUCGCUAAUUUGCAUCAGGUUGAUCUCUCCUUAUCCCGAAAUAUGGGCAUUAUCGGUUUCUCUGUAAUGGUCGGUUUAGUCGUCCCUGAAUACUUUCGAAGAUUCCCCGUUGAUACUGGUGUUGACCUGGUGAAUCAAGUGCUGCAAAUCCUUCUCACUCUUCAAAUGUUUGUCGGAGCGAUGACCGCUUGUAUUCUCGAUAAUACAGUUGGAGGAGCUACUCGAGAACAACGAGGCCUUCAAUCACGGGGGAAAAUCCACGAGGUCGCGCUAGAAGACGACGUUUAUUCAUAUCCAAAACCGAUUAUGAAGCUUCUGUCAAAACUUCCCUACAUCGAGUACAUCCCGUUUUUGCCUAAAGAGAAACGCGUGAAAGCGAACAAAGUGACGUCAUCGGCACAGGAAAACGGUGAUUUCGCUGUAACCAUCAUUCAAAAUGAUGGAAAUGAA